AUGUCAGUCUGUGCGCUCGAAAGUGCCGCUGAAGCUGGACGCCCACUGGACACGGAGAAGGUGUCUGACGCUCAAAGCCAUGCAUUUCGUGGACCAGCAUCGGUCAGCGGUCCUGAUGAAUCGGGUUCUCGAUAUCCCUAUCUCAGGGGGAUUCCUUUGUAUAAUCUCAUCACAGCUCUAAUUGUGGGAAUGCUUCUCCUGGGCCUGGAUAUCAAUGUGGUCGCAACAGCCGUUCCUACAAUCUCGAACUACUUUGACAGUUUUGAGGACGUGAACUGGUACGGUUCGGCCUUCCUUCUGGCUUUGUAA